AUGAAGCGGAAAAUUAUGCUGUCAAAACAGCCAAAAAAACUCAAAGAUUCGACAGCGUCUAAAGAACCAGAUAAGCCGGUAGAGUCCUCGACCCCGAACCAAGUGAGGGUACAGCCGUUGAAACCCAAGAAGGUGAAGGGCGAAAAAAUAGAUAUGCGAGAAUUCAAUGCCAGAGGCCCUCUCGAAAUGAAGGCAGAAUUCAAAGGAGCAGUGUCUCAGUCACAAGAAGCGACGACUCAAUCGAAAGUCAAAGGAGCUCCAGGACAACGUCCCGAGCAAGAAGGCCAAGAAAAGCCAGCUGGUAGCAAGGAGUCAAAAGGAGAGAGCGGAGCGGCGGCUGGCUCUUCUGACCAGCCUAGGCAGGAAGGUGGAAAACUCGUCGAAAAGUCAUCGAUCGACGACAGGAAAAAGUGA